GGGCUUAUAAAGAGGAUAGAAGGAUUAAUAUAGUUCAUAGAUCUCUCAUUUUUGGAAAAGUUAGAAAGCUUUUUCUGUCUUUGUUGAUUUACUUUUGAUCUAAAAAAGAAAAAGAAGCAAAGCUGAAGAAUUUUUGGAGGAAGAUGCUGGUGAACCUAAUUUGGAGAAAAUAGAAGAGAGGUGGUUUACAGCAGCUUCCUCUUGCAGCAAUAAUGAAGGGAGAAUUAUUGAAGGGGUAUUAUUAUUGUACAGCAGUAGUAGUAGUAAUAAUAAUAAAUGGUGUGGUUGAUGGAGCUGCAUCAUUAGCAUCAAAAAAGAAAGGUGGUGGUGGUAGUGAUGCAUGUAGUUGUUACUUUGUAUUUGGAGACUCUCAAGCAGACAAUGGCAAUAACAACGACAUGUUGGAAAGAGAAUACGGUCGUGCAAGAGCUGAUUAUAAGCCUUAUGGCAUUGACUUCCCACCAUCGUCGUCGUCGUCGUCAUUCAUACCCACCGGCAGAUUCACCAAUGGCCGCAACGUUCCUGAUUUCAUUGCUCAAUUUUUAGGAUUUCGCGAUUACAUUCCACCAUUUAGGACUACAAAGAGUCAGACUAUUCUUAAAGGUGCAAACUAUGCAUCUGGAGGUGCAGGAAUUCUCCUUGAAACUGGAAGAACAUUGGGGGAAGUAUCAAGCAUCAAGAAGCAAUUGGAAAAUCACAAUUACACAAUUUCACAGAUGCAUAGAUUAUUUGGAAGCAGUAGUAAACUUAAAAGCUAUCUUAAAGAAUGCUUAUAUACAGUUCAAAUUGGAAGCAAUGAUUACCUUAAUAACUAUUUUAUGCCAACAAUCUAUAUGACGAGUACUCAAUAUUCUCCACAAGCAUUUGCCACUGCCCUAAACGAAGAUCUUUCUCGACAAUUGAAGAUUCUAUAUGAGCAAGGAGCAAGAAAGGUGGCCAUUUUUGGAGUGGGAUCCAUAGGUUGUACUCCAUAUGCAAGGGCAAACUUUGAGCACAUAGGACUUCCAUGUGUGGACAAAAUAAAUACUGCUAUUCAACUUUUCAAUGCUGGCCUCAAGUCUCUUGUUGAACACCUUAAUGCCAACUUGCCUUCUGCUAAAUUUACCUUCAUUGAUGUCUUCAAAAUUUCCACCGUUGACCCUUUGAAUUAUGGUAAAAUGAAUCUAGAUGCUCCUUGCUGUGAAGUUGGAGCAGGAGAAAUGCAAUGUACUCCAUUUGGAAAAGUGUGUGAGAAUAGAAGAGAUUAUAUGUUUUUUGAUGGAGUUCAUCCAACUGAAAAUGGAUUUGAAUUAGUAGCAAGUAGUGCCUUUAAUGCCAAACAACCUGAUGAAGCUUACCCUUUUGAUAUUAAUCACCUCGUUCAUCUAUCUUAAAAGCAUCUCGAUUGAUGUUUGUUCGCAGAUGUGCUAGCGUUUAAAUAGUCCCAAGUGUGAGACUUAUGUUUUGGACGAUGAACAAACUAUCUCUAGUAUGCAAUAAACGUUCAUUAUUUCAUCUGAUAA